AUGGUGGGAGUUCCCCAUAGUACCGGCUGUUCCCUCUGUCGCGAACGACACAUCAAGUGCGACGAGGCCAUCCCCGAAUGCUCUCAAUGCCAGCGAUAUGGCCGUACAUGCCCAGGAUACCGUCGCACAUUUCGCUUCCAAGACGAGGGCCCAAGUCUUGUCCGGCGACAUCGUUCCGCCCCGCACCGCAGGGGCCGCGGCAUCUCCACAGGAUCAUCAACUCCGACCACAAGCACGGCCCCAAUCACCCCCACGCGCAAAUCGUCCCAAGACCCAAUCGAGUCUCCAGACAAUGUGGGAGUUGCGGCGAGGGUGCGCACAAAUGCAAUUGCAUUGAUGCGACGGCACUCAACUGUCGCUCUCGAUGAGAAGACGUCGCCUUCUCUAGUUCGCAAAUCGUUUCAGGCGGCGCAACCACAAUUCUUCUCAGACUUUAUCAGUGCUUCGUUUCCCACAUUAUACUUUCACAAUCGCUUCCGCGCUGGCAAAAACCUAGGUUUUGUAGAAUACAUCAGCACGAAUUUCGGAAAGAAUUCAUAUUUUGACUCCGCGACUUGUUGCUUGAGCUCGGUUUAUUUGGCACACCUGACACAAGACCCAACUCUUUUGUUGAAAAGUCGUCAAAUGUAUGGGAUUACGCUGCAUGAGGUCAUCAAUGCCCUCCGCAAGCCUGAACAUGCAAUGUCUGACAAUAUGCUUUGUACCGCCAUGUUGCUGAGUGUCUACGAAAUGUACGCUCAGUCGAGUCCCGAUGCCUGGGUCGUCCAUUCCGACGCGGUAAAACAACUUAUGGUGAGCCGAGGCAUUGCGUCGCACAAUUCAGGAUUUGGAAGAUCCUGCUGGAUCGGGUUCAGGGGAUUCCAUAUUGCUACUGCAAUCUACCAAGGAAAGCCUUGCUUUCUUGAUGAGGAAGGCUGGCAGAACUACGCCGAGCAGAUUAUGGCCGAGGACUCCGAAAAGCCCGGUGAGUGGGCAGCGUAUGCAGUCAUAUCUGAUAAGACUUUUAUGGAGAUUGCCAAGUGUCCGCGGUAUAUCAGUGAAGCGCGUGUUCUUCUCUCAAAGUCCACGGCUCAAGACCGUGAUGAUAUCCGAAAUCUUAUCAACUGCAUACAUAACACUUCCCAAAAACUGCAUGUUCUCAGUGCUGAGCUCCGUGCCUGCAUUAGUGCCCAUAACCAGCGCGAACAGGGUAUUAUCCUACGCCCAGGAACAUUUGUCGGGCCUGUCCCGGAGAUCUUCCCGGAAACCGGCCCAUCACUACUACUGAGCGGCGCAGAAAAUAUCAUAAGCACUCUUUAUGAGAUAUCUACUCGUCUCGAGGGUAUGCUUCACUGUCUAGCUCUUGAGGACAUAUCCCAGAAAUCAGUCUCAAGAGAUGAAAGCAAUAAUACAUUCACUCUCCCCUUUCGGAUUUACUCCGAGCUCGGCCAUGGUCCAUCUCGAACAUCCGAUCGAAAUGAUCCCCGUGCCGUCAUCUGGCUGGAUCGGGUUGCUUCUUCGAUGGGUGUUCUCGGCACAAAGGUUGUACCGGAUGAGACACACGGAUACGUUGAAGAGGAAGACCCGUCUCAGGCGUCGACCUGA